AGGCCAAACACAAAACUAAACCAUAUACCCAUCGUCAAAUUCAACGCCUAUCUACCUGACCUCAUAAACCGACUUAUUUACUAUCCGAAGGCAUGUUUGAUGAUUCAACAGGGCUAUGAGCAGUACAAGGACACUCCAUUUCGUAUGCUCACUGGCGACGGUGAAGUUGUGGUUUUGCCGAGCAAGUAUCUGGAAGAGUUGAAGCACCUACCGUCAUCCAUUCUCAGUUCAUUUGAAGCACAAUAUGAGGUACUUCUCCCAGUCAACGUGAAGGCGUGCGCGCAAAUUCCUAACCAAACCUUGAAUCAGAUUGCCCUUGGCGAUUAUACAAAUCUUGUGAUAAGCAGUCAUCUACCAUCUCAAACAGUCAAACGAUGUCUGACACCUAGGCUCCCUCGAAUCAUACCUUGGGUGGUAAAUGAACUUGGAGAUGCAUUCAAUGCAGUUGUGCCAAAUUGCGAUGGUAAGCAUCAAUCUGGAUUAUCAAAUGCCUUGUAA